AUGGAUCUAUCAAGAAGUUCAUUAUUAUUCAUUCUCAGCUUAUUUAUUCAUAUUGGAUACGUCAAGUCACAAUCAAAUUGUACACUUAAUAAUCUUUUCGAUUGUUGCAAUAUUGAAGGCAAAAAGCAAGCAGACAACUUUCUUCAAAAUCAACCUACAGGACUUAAUACUCAACAAGUCGUAAACUACUUUACGGAUUUGUGCAAGUUUCGUACGUUGAAUGAACAAGCAUCAUUUAUUAAGGCACAAUAUGAGAAACUAUCAACUGCUGAUUUAACUACUAUGUUUACUACUAAACCUACACAAGGACCUACUACUACUACACCUAGAACUACACAGAAACCUACUAUUUAUACAACGAGAACUACACAGAAACCUACUAUUUAUACAACGAGAACUACACAGAAACCUACUACUUAUACAACAAGAACUACAGCGAAACCUAUUACUAUUUUACCUAGAACUACAGAAAAACCUACUGUUCAGUCAACUAAACCAAUUCUAAAACCAUUAAUGAACACUACUCAAGCUCCAUAA